AUGUCGAUAUGCCAAAAAGUAAAUCUAUCUAUCUAUUUCUUUUCAGACAUAUGUCUAUAUAUAUUUGUCUAUGAAUCUAACACUUUUUCAUAUCUAUCUAUCUAUCUAUCUAUCUAUCUAUCUAUCUAUCUAUCUACUCCUGUUCAUAUCUAUCUAUCUAUUUCUUCUCAGAUAUAUUUGUCUAUGAAUCUAACACUUUUUCAUAUCUAUCUAUCUAUCUAUCUAUCUAUCUAUCUAUCUAUCUAUCCUAUUCAUAUCUAUCUAUCUAUUUCUUCUCAGAUAUAUUUAUAUAUUUGUCAUGAAUCUUUUUUUCAUAUCUAUCUAUCUAUCUAUCUAUCUAUCUAUCUAUCUAUCUAUCUAUCUAUCUACUCCUGUUCAUAUCUAUCUAUCUAUUUCUUCUCAUUAUAUUUGUCUAUGAAUCUAACACUUUUUCAUAUCUAUCUAUCUAUCUAUCUAUCUAUCUAUCUAUCUAUCUAUCUAUCUAUCUAUCUAUCUAUUUACUCCUGUUCAUAUCUAUCUAUCUAUUUCUUCUCAAAUAUAUUGUAUCUAUCUAUGUAUCUAACUCUUUUUCUUAUAUCUAUCUAUCUAUCUAUCUAUCUAUCUAUCUAUCUAUCUAUCUAUCUAUCUAUCUAUGCAACCCAGUCUUGGGGUGAAAUGAAACUAUCUAUCUAUCUAUCUAUCUAUCUAUCUAUCUAUCUAUCUAUCUAUCUAUCUAUCAGUCUGAUGUAA